AUGGACCCCGACUACUUCACGCCGGUGCGAGAAGACCAGGACGCUGCUGGCGCCCCCAUCGAGGACUCGGACACAGACAUGGCCGCCUCUGCCAGCGCAACAGCCUCAUCCUCGCGAUCCGCCAUGUACACCUCACCCAGCGUCCACGGGCGCAAAGGUCGCAUGUCUCGCUCAGGAGCACCCAGGCCCAUAAUCACACCUACCAGUCCUCUUUCCUCGACCAUUCCGCACAAUCUGCUGCCCUCGGCGCCCGCCUCGCCGCCCACGCCCGCGCCAAGUCCCACGCCAACGCAGCGGGUGCCGGACUGGAGUACCGCCGCCGAACACGAAGACGGCGACAUCAAGAGCAUACGGGCGCAGUUUGGCGACAUGAACCGGGCAGAGCGCAUGCGGCUGCUCGGCGAGCUGCUCAACCUGUGCGACAGCCAAGAGUUGAGCUUCGUUGCCGAGUUUGUUAGUCCUAGACUUAAGAAGGACCCGUUCAUGGUCCUGCCUACUGAACUCUGUUUGAGAAUACUCGAAUGCGUAGAUGACCCUACUACUCUCGCUCGGGCAUCGCAAGUAUCCAAGAAAUGGCGUGAGCUCGUCAAUGACGACAGUGCUUGGCGGUUGCUCUGCCAAAAGUUCUCCUUCAGAACACUACCAAAACAGGACAAGAUGGAAGAAGAUGAACCAAAUGACCAAAUGGAAGAUGCAGAUAGUCCAGAAGGACUGCGAACCCAAAGCCUCGACCGUGCCGCUAAGAGGAAACCAUCUCAACGAAAGCAGCAGGCCACCACAUAUCGAUCACAUUUCAAGCAGCGGUACAUGGUGGAGACUGCAUGGCGAAACGGUGGAGUGUGUGACGCGCGACAGAUCACCCCGGACCAGGGUGUGGUGACCAGCUUACAUUUGACUGACAAGUACAUUGUCGUUGCACUUGACAAUGCCAAGAUACACGUAUUCGAUACCGUUGGCGACCACCAAAAGACGCUCCAAGGACACGUCAUGGGUGUGUGGGCAAUGGUGCCGUGGGGCGAUCUCCUCGUCAGUGGAGGAUGCGACCGCGAUGUGCGCGUCUGGAAUCUUGCAACUGGCUUCCCUCAGUUCACCCUCCGUGGUCACACGUCAACCGUGCGAUGUCUGAAGAUGUCCGAUGCCAACACGGCCAUUUCCGGAUCCAGGGACACCACUCUACGCAUCUGGGACCUGAAGAAGGGACUGUGCAAGCACGUACUUAUUGGCCACCAAGCCAGUGUCCGGUGUCUCGAGAUACACGGUGACAUUGUUGUGUCCGGAAGUUAUGACACUACAGCUAAGAUUUGGAGCAUAUCAGAGGGCAAGUGCCUCCGCACAUUGACCGGACAUUUUAGCCAGAUUUACGCCAUUGCCUUUGACGGCAAGAAGAUUGCAACAGGAAGUCUGGACACCAGCGUCCGGAUAUGGGAUCCCAAUGAUGGUAAAUGUCUUGCUGUACUACAGGGCCACACCUCGCUUGUUGGACAGCUUCAAAUGCGUGAUGAUAUCCUUGUGACUGGUGGAUCAGACGGAUCGGUCCGUGUGUGGAGCCUUGCAACCUACCAAGCCAUUCACCGAUUAGCCGCACACGACAACAGCGUUACGAGUCUGCAAUUUGACAAUACGAGAAUUGUCAGCGGUGGAAGCGAUGGCCGCGUCAAGGUCUGGGAUCUCAAGACUGGCGUUCCUGUACGAGAAUUGAGCAGCCCUGCAGAGGCUGUCUGGAGAGUGGUAUUUGAGGAAGAGAAGGCUGUCAUCAUGGCCAGUCGGGGCGGUCGAACCAUCAUGGAGGUAUGGGACUUUUCACCGCCCGCCGAAGAAGAAUACGACUCGCGAUCGUCUACCCCAGCAAGUAUGCCUGAUCGUCUCGAAGCCGACUAUAACCGCCCACGGUCUGCCAUUCUCCCUGCAACCUCGCCAUUGGUACAAGACACAAACGCCGGUGACGUGACCAUGGAUGAUGUGGUAGAUCCGUAG